CCCGCUUUCCUCCAGUAAGCGGCGCCUGGGCUGCGCGCUCUUUUCUCUCUCUCUCUGACUGUUCUGGGCGGGUUACACCGAGCGGCUUGAGGGGCGGGUAACUUUGCAGUUGUCGCUCACGCAGAGAGAAGAUCUGAUCCGAAGUGGAUGAAAAGGACUAAACUCGGUCCUCGGAGGAAGUUUGAGGUGCAGAGAUUUGUGCGCUGCUUUUUUCAGGCAGGAAGCCGUAAUGCUUCAUCCCGCGGAGUUCUGAGUCGAUACAGUUGACUGAAGUACUCCGCCAUGCCCGGAUUUAAGGAAAUCGGAUUGGCAGGACUCGGCAUUGCCGUUACGGGAGGCGUCGUCUACGCCGUGUGGAACUACUGGAGUUCGCGGCAAAGGGAGAGCUCCCAGCGAGAUGAGGAUAAACCGGACGAAAGGCCACGGGUGGCGUCAGAGGUGAAAUCUCCAAAAAAACAUGUCCUUGUGCUGGGCUUAGAUGGAUCUGGGAAGACCAGCCUUCUUCAUUGUCUUGCAACGGGGACGCUGAGGAGAAAUGUUUUACCGACUGAAGGUUUCAACGCGGUGUGUCUCAAUACUGACGAGGAGCAAAUGGAAUUCCUGGAAAGUAUGACUCUCUAUUCUUUAGUGUUUUACGGGGUCCAUUAAAACUUCUGAGCCAUU